AUGGAGGAAGAAAUUCUUUCUGAAGAUUCAGCGAAUGACUUUCCAGAUGGAAACUUGGAUUUUAAUGACAAUGUGACAUCUAGGGAAGAUGUUCUUCUGCAUCUCAAACAAACUCACAUCAGUGCUUUGAAGGAAAUGUGUGUGUGCAUAAGAGGAGAGUCUGCAUGCAACACGUUUUCAGACCUAUGGGUCACUGAAAGUAGUGCACAGUCUCAGCAGCACGAAGGCCCGGAGCACCAGUAUAUGGAUCAGAAGAUCAGACCGGUCCGCUUCCUCAAAUAUACAGAGAUUUUAAAACCAGAAGCUGAAGGGAAAAGGCCUCACAGAACCACCCUUACAAAAGGAAUAGCUGGAAUUGGCAAAACAGCAUGUGUAGAAAAGUUAAUUCAUGACUGGGCUGCCGGAUCUAUACUCCCAGAAUUUGAUUUCAUAUUCAUGUUCCCAUUCCGUAAAUUCAAUAUGCUGCCACAAAGGACACUAAGCCUGAUGCAACUUAUAGAGUUUUGCUACCCACAUAUGCAGCAUUGCAAAGAGAUAUUUUCAAGCACAUCAAUCAAGUGCCUGUAUAUAUUUGAUGGACUAGAUGAAAGUAGGCAAACUCUAAAUUUUGAAAACCAGUUAGCUUGCUAUGAUGAAUGUGAAUCAAGGCCACUUGAAUCUUUGCUCUCAAACCUUAUCAGAGGUAACAUUCAUCCUUCCUCUUCAGUUUGGAUCACCACCCGGCCAGCGGCCAUGGAACAGAUACCUCUGAGUUAUAUUGACAGGCUGACUGCAAUACGAGGUUUCAAUGAACAGCAGAAGAGGGAGUACUUUCUCAAGAAGUACGAAAAUAGGCUCCUGGCAGAGAAAAUGAUUUCAGUUAUGAAGAAAGAAAAGAGCCUAUCCUGUCUAUGUUACCUGCCCACUUUUUGUACUGUUUUGUCAACCUUUUUGGAAGAUGCAUUAAAAUCAUUUCAAUGCCAAGGGCUCAGUGAUUACAUGCCCAUAGUAAUCACACCUGUCUUCAACAAUUUUUUGGUUCAAAUCCUUUCCCAUCAACAGCAACGACAGGCAGAUUUAGGAAGCACAAGGAAAUCUACUGCUGAGUUCAUGAAGUCAAAGCAAAGAGACAUCAUUAAUUUAGCAAACUUGGCUUUUGAUUUGCUGAGAAGCCAAACAUUUAUAUUCAACGAGAAUCACUUAAGAACGUACAACAUUGAUGUCUCGCUGAUGGAGAGUGGAAUAUGCAAAGAACGUACAAUGGGAAAUCAAAACAACUUGAAGAACAUCUGUUUUGUUCAUGAAGCACUGCAAGAAUACAUGGCUGCUUUGUAUGUUUUUCUUUCAUUUAACGGCACCAAAUCAAAUCCUUUAAUGACAUCGACCAAACCAAAGAUGCAACAGCAACUUGAAAAACCCAGCUACUUCCACAUCCUUAAACAGGCCUGUAAAGAAACCAUCAAAAGUCCGAGUGGUCACUCAGAUUUAUUUCUCAGAUUCCUUUGUGGACUAGGGACAAGUCAGAAAAGCUUGAAAGGGCUGAUGACGAGUUGUGAGAUUGAUCAUAAUGAUAUAACAAAGAUCACUCAAUUGUUGAAGCAAAAUUUACAGGAAGAUAUUGCUCCAGAAAAAUGCCUCACUCUGAUAUAUUGUUUAAUUGAAUUAGGUGAUAAUUCAUUUGUGGUGCAGUUUAGCAAGACCCUGUCUACUGAGGCUGCCACAUAUCGGACUCUGUCACCUAUGGAUUACUCUGCAAUGGCCCUGGUUUUGAAAAUGUCAGAGGAAAAAUGUGAGACAUUCAAUCUAUCGGAACACAAAAUAUCGUCCAUCGGUCUUCAGAGAUUGGCUCCAGUUCUGUUCACUUUUACAAGUCUAAAGAUGAACGGAUCAAAUUUAGGAGAUACUGGAGUCAAAAUAUUAGCUCAAGUGAUCAGAAGUCAAGAAGGAAAAUUGCAAAAUUUAGAGUUGGAAAGAAAUAAUCUCACACAUAAAUGUUGUGAAGCCUUAGCCUUCAUUCUAAGCAAUAACAGCAUGCUGAGGAACGUGAACCUAUGUGAUAACCAUCUUGGAGACAAGGGAAUAUGUUUGCUCUCUACAGUUCUGAAGCAGCCUCAGUGCAGAAUACAGAAACUAAAUCUGAGCAAUAAUAAUCUCUCAGAUGGAAGCUGGGAGGAGCUGGUCCCUGUGCUCCUGAUAAACCAAACUCUGCAGGAACUGAAUGUGAGCAACAACAGGGUGGGUGAAGCAGGACUGAAGAUAUUGUCUGCUGCACUGAAGGAUUCACGCUGCAAGUUACAGAAGUUGGGGUUGACCAGCAAUUCUUUGUCACAGAAAAACUAUAAAGAACUUGCUUCUGCCAUCAGAAUCAAUCACAUGCUGACCCAUCUAGAUCUCAGUUCCAAUGUUAUUCAAGAUGCAGGCAUAAAUGUAUUAUCUGUGGCAUUGAUGGACCCAAGCUGCUCAAUACAAUCUUUGCGGAUUACUAAUACGAAACUGACAUCUACUUGUUGUGAGAAACUUGCCACGGUGUUAGUCACGAACCAGACGCUCCGAGAACUAGAUCUAGGCAUGAAUAAACUGGGUGAUUCAGGUGCUCAUGCACUAUCUACUGCACUGAAGAACCCACACUGCAAACUGGAAAAUCUGGGGUUAAAGCGAACACUACUUACUGAUGGAUGCUGCUAUGGGCUAGUGGCAGCACUCAGUACAAACCAAAAAAUAACCCAUCUGGAUUUAAGUGAAAACUCACUUACUGAUUGUUCCCUAAGCAAUAUCAGCAGCUUGAUUCUGACUUGCAGCAACCUGAUGGUUAUAAGGCUAGAGGAAAACCAGUUCACUACAAAUGGCCAGAUAGCCAUAAAGAAGCUGAAUCUGAAGAAACCGGAUGUUGAGAUUUUUGUAGACAGAGAUGUAAAAUAUUUUGGAACAUUUCUUUAA